UGUUUGUACCCUGUUGUACCUUGUGCUGGUCAGUUGUUCUUGUUUUGGCGCAAUGACAAAUUAAACCGAAAAAGGGCGAAUCGAGACUUGGAAGGACUUCUCUACGUUGACCAUCAUCAGACCCCAUCGUAUUUUUUACGGAGAUCUUCAUAAAUGUUAUAAAAGCAAUUGGUUGUGGCAGGAUGCCAAACUUUGCGAACUGCAGGAUCUGAUGAAUGACUUUUAUCGAGCACAUUUCAAAACCUAGGAUUUAACUAGACAGCUAACAUGAAGUUUGCUCAUAUUUUGUUAAAGAACAGCUCAAAGCUGAACAUACCCAAGCAAGUGGACAGAUUUUCAAAGUACUCUCCGUCCCCUCUCUCAAUGAAGCAGUUCAUUGACUUUGGAUCUGCCAAUGCCUGCGAGAAGACCUCCUUCAUGUUUUUAAGGCAAGAGCUUCCCGUCCGGUUAGCCAACAUCAUGAAGGAGAUCGACUUCCUCCCCGACAAACUGCUUAGCACCCCUUCACUGAAGCUACUUCAAAGCUGGUACGCACAGAGUCUAAUGGAACUGGUUGACUUUCUGGAGAAGGACCCAGAUGAUAAAAAGGUUUUGACUAGAUUCACAGAAACGCUGAUCAAUGUCAGGAACAGGCAUAAUAACGUGAUGCCCACCAUGGCACAGGGUGUGUUAGAGUACAAGGAAGCUUUUGGCGUGGAUCCUGUGACCAAUCAGAACGUCCAGUACUUUUUGGACCGCUUCUACAUGAGCAGAAUCUCUACACGCAUGCUGAUGAAUCAGCACACAUUAAUCUUUGAUGGCAGCACCAAUCCAGCCCACCCCAAACACAUUGGCAGUAUCGACCCAAACUGUGACGUUGUGGAGGUUGUAAAAGAUGCCUUUGAGAGUUCCAAGAUGCUUUGUGAUCAAUACUAUUUGACGUCUCCUGAAGUGGAAAUCAACCAAGUCAACUAUAAAGGACCCAACGAGCCCGUACACAUAGUUUAUGUGCCUUCUCACCUGUAUCACAUGCUUUUUGAGCUCUUCAAGAAUGCAAUGAGAGCAACUGUUGAAACUCAUGAGACCAGCCUACAUCUCCCACCAAUCAAAGUGAGAGUUUCUCUGGGAAAAGAAGACCUAACCAUCAAGAUGUCCGACAGAGGAGGUGGAGUUCCCUUGAGAAAAAUCGAGAGACUUUACAGCUACAUGUAUUCAACCGCACCGAGUCCUGUGGUUGGAGAUUCCCGCAACGCACCCCUGGCUGGUUUUGGCUAUGGUCUUCCUAUCUCCCGCCUGUAUGCCAAGUACUUCCAGGGAGAUCUGCAGCUUUACUCCAUGGAGGGAUAUGGCACAGCAGCAGUCAUAUAUUUAAAGGCCUUAUCAUCUGAAUCAAUAGAGAGACUUCCUGUGUUUAACAAGUCAGCUUUAAGGCAUUAUCAAACAAGCAUGGAGGCCGACGACUGGUGCAUCCCGAGCAGCGAACCCAAGAAACUGGGAAAGUAUGAGUACAGCGUUUGAGAGCGAGGGAACACUCAUCUGAUAAACAUAGGAACUUUAUGGGGCUAUGGUCAGUGUGUGUUGGCAAGACCUUGAAUUGGUUUAGGAUAAUUAUUUACGCAAUUAUUCGGGAAUUUCAGAAGCAUUGUGUUAUCACAGGUUUGAUAAUUGACUUUUUGAAUGUUAUAUAUGAAUAACAAGCCAUAGUUGUCUUCCAUGUUUCACACUGGUAAUAAUCCAUCGCACACUUCGUUUGCUGUGCUUACACUUUCUAGUCUUCAGAGAACAGGCUUCUCUAUAGUAGGGAGGGACAAAUAAACUUGUGAAAUCACAAGUGUUUUAAAGUUUGUGUUUUAGGCAGUGGGGCCAAGUUUUUGUUUAGCUUUGUGUAAGUUAUUGUUUGGGAGAACACAACUAAUAAGUAAGCAAGGCUGUAUUUAGUUCCUUGGGAGAAUAAUGCAUUCACAAUGCAAACCUUUGAAUGACAUUAGUUGUGCAUUGUUUGCUGGUUUCAUAUUGCAGAGUUGGACCUACUGUCUAACACUCCAUUUAGUUUUGAUUGUGAAAAUGUGAUUCUGUUAUUCAGGCCAUAUCAUUUUUCAACUUAAGAUAAAUGCUUUCCGAAAAUAAAAUAACACUAUCAUUAAUAAUACAUUGAUAGAGUUGUUGCCAUUAUACCAGCUAUGUUAUUUGACUGACAUUUUCUGGAGGAUUUCGUAUUACAGAACUUGAAUUUGACGCAUCAUGAACUGCGUCUAGGCCCAGGUUAGUAACUGUGGUAUUUAUUUAUGUGUCUAAAUAGGUUUGACCAUAGGUUUGUUAUGUGUGAUGCUUUUUCUGACCACACAGUGUAAAAUGUAUGAUUGUUGUGUCAGCAUGACAUUUGGCAGCAUUGUAAGGGGCAGUUCACAUUUUGCGUCUAAAACCGCGUGGAAAACGCGACCGUUGUUUGGUUCUUGUCCUGCGGUGCGCUUGCGGCAUUCUGAAAAGUUGGAAUGUUUUUAAGUUGAUGCAGUGUGGACUUGAGCGCGCAAAAGACGCGAAAUGUGAAUCGCCCCUUAAUCAACAUUAUUGUAAUUUUUUGUUUGUUUUGUAAGGAUGAUACUGUAACAAUGAUUUGGCAGUAUUUCCUUUAUUUUUAUUUCCAUAUCAUAGAUAAAUGACAUUUCUAGUAUUUUAAUUUUUGUGUUAAGAAUUGUUUUUGAGUGAAAUUUAAGAAUUGUUAUUUUGUUAUUUUUAUUUUUUAUCUAAAAAAACAAUGUGAAGGACCUAAAUGAUUUGUUAAGGUGGCAAUAGCUGUUUUAGGUUUUAAGUGACACUCUUCAAACUUUUCUGUCCGUUGUCUCAAAAGGAUUAUUUGCACUUUCUCAGCUGUAAUGUUAAACUGACAUUGACUCUGUUGAUUAAUGUCUUCAUUCAUACCUCAUCUUGAGCUUUAUUAGAGUCACGAGGAGCUUGAUGUCCUCUUUCCGUCCAUAUUAAACAUGUUGAAUCUUGGUUGUGCUAGAUCCACCAUCCUGUGUUCAGAAAGCAGCUAAGCUCUAAUGUUCAGGAUCAGUGCCAAAACUGUUUGCCUCACUGAAUUAAUGGAUACACAGCAGUCUUCAUAUACUGUAGUGCCUGUUUCUGUACUAUUAAAACAAUAAAUGAAGAAAAAGUUCA